AUGAAGCAUUAUGAUGCCAUAUUAAGUUAUGUCUGCGGCUUACGAUCCUCUCCCACCACACCGCAAGCGCCGCGCACGCCCGGACACGAUCGCCAAUUUAGUCGCGUGCGAGCACUUGCUUUUAUUGGGUGUGUUUUGGUAUCUAUCUUCUUUGCAAUGGCGAAUGAAAACUUAGCGGGACCGAGUUCGUGUGCUCCGCUGUUGAGUACUUCAUCGGAAUCAGAUGAAGACGAAUAUAAAAUCACAGAGCAUACGAAAAAACGUCGAAGGCAAAAUAAAGUUUGGGUUUUUGAAAGAAAAUUUAUAACUGUGCGGAGCGCUGAGGAAUUUAUCAAAAAUGAGAAGACCUGGUCAAUACAAAAAAUUCAUACGACUGAAGAAGGAGUAAAACGUUACUAUCGUUGUAACAAAGUGAAGCUUCGGGCUGAAAUUCAGUGUUCUGCCGCGAUUUAUCUUUUAUUUGACGCAUCGUGUGAUGAUAUAUUAUUAUUUCGUACUGAAACAUGUCACGACCAUGAAAAUUCUGACUGUCAGUCGACUAGGGGAAUAAAUGAGGCAACGAAAAAGGAAAUAGAAAAACUAUUCGAACUGCGUUUGAAACCUAAAUCUAUUAUGAAGAACUUAAGUAAAAUUAAUGGACUAGUUCUGCCGACUAAGUUACAGUUAAACAAUUAUCUUAAAAUCAUACAAAACUCUGAAAUACCUGAUGACGGUCACGAAGUUUUUGUUUUGGCGUAUGAAAUUUCUGAAGAUGAUUUAGAUCAGAACUUCCGGUUCAUGUUAACGACGAAAUAUUUAAUUGGUCUAUCACGCCAAUGUUCUGUUCUUCACGCGGAUGCCACAUAUAAGCUCAUUUGGCAAGGGUUUCCAGUACUUGUGAUUGGAACUACAGACAGAGAUAAACAUUUUCACCCAUUUGGAUUAGCUGUGACAACAGCUGAACGAACGGAAGACUUCAUAUUUUUAUUUUCCGCAUUAAAAAAAGCAGUUUUCUCAAUAUUUUCAUAUACUUUAAGUUGUAAAGUUUUGGUCUGUGAUGCAGCGAAGGCUAUACAAACUGCCUUUGCGUGCACAUUUGGAACAGAUACAGUCAUAAGAAUGUGCUGGGCGCAUGCGAAAAAGAAGAUGCAAACAAGAGUAGAGCAAAGUGUGCAAAAGAAAUCCCAAAAAGAGAUCUUACAAGAUAUUGAUGCUUUACAGUGUGCCUCAACUCAGGAAAUAUUUGAUCGAGCCAGCGAAAAAUUUUUGGACAAGUGGAAAGCCGAAAAAGAUUUUGUUACAUACUUUGAAAAUGAAUGGCUAAUACUAAAUCGUUUCUGGUAUUUGGGCGCAUCUCUGGGGACUCCUGCUACAAACAAUGCUCUGGAAUCUUUCAAUAAAACAAUAAAAGAUGGUGGCACGCUUCGUGAGCGUCAUCCUUUGGCGCGGUUCUUAGUAAUUGCUUCUGAUAUAGUCAAGGACUGGUCUAAUGAAUACGUGAUUAAUAAUACUGAGAGACGGUUCGCUCAACUGCCGACAGUAUCUUUAAAGAUGUGGACAGAAAGUUACCAAUGGGCAAAACUGUCGAAGCAGGUGCCAUUAAAGAAUAGUACUGAGCUAGUUUGCUCAUACAGAAUUCCAGCUGGGUCGGAUUUAGAUUGCAAAAAUUAUGAAAAGCCAUGGGAGACCUUUGACGAAUACAAAGAGCAACAUUUUAGAGAGUGGGAAGUUAUAAUGCCCCGAGAAAAGGAAAAUUGGUUACACGGCACAUGCAAUUGCCCAAAGUUUCUCAAAGAUUACAUUUGCAAGCAUCUCGUUGGAUUGGCGAUUCGGCUUAAGCACGUCCAGCCACCUUCAGAGGCCAGAGCUAUUCCGAUUGGCAUGAAGCGCAAAAGAGGACGACCAGCCAAAGCUAAGAAAGCAUUAAUUGUGCAGUGA